CUGUAUACACGAUGUUUCCAAGUAUAUAUAUAUAUAUCAAUGCACUUAUUAUAAACAUACACCAAUCAUUGCAAUUUGCAAGUCUUAAAUUUCUCGUUGGAAUGCUCCCUCGAUCUCCUAUACCCAACGACAACCCAACACAUAUAAUAUAGUUCCAAUACACUAAAAAUUUAGCUCGACUCAGGCUCAUUUGCAAUCCUCCUAGCAUUGUACGCUAGCUAGUUGCAGAUAUGGUUCGACCAAGAGAUUUAGCAAAAAUGAAUGAUGAAUCCCUAUUCUUGUAUGGUACAAUGGUUGUUGAUUUCUGCUUCGGGUUGCUUGGGAUCAGCUGUGGAGCAAGCCUACUUUGGCAAACAACUUCUGCUUGCACAGGGUUUCGCUUUCUAGGAAUCACACUCAUCGUCAUCGGAGUGUCGCUCAUGCUUCUCUUUUGUAUAAACUGCUUCAUGACUGGUGGUACAUCCGCAGUUGCAAUUGGGGCAGGUAAGCUCGUAUGUUCAGUGCCUUUGAUCCUUACCUUGUUUGCGUUGGGGAUCUUCGUGUUGUCGGUGAGCAGCAAAGGAGGAGGAAAAUCCGUACCUGGGAAAUCCUACAAAGAAUAUCAUGUUGAAUCAUACUCCAAAUGGAUGCAAAACAAGAUUGCUCAAAAUUGGGACAAUUACUACCACAAGGCCGUUGUUAAGGAUAAGAAAUAUGUGUGCAUGAAGUUUUAUAUUGAUGAUGUAGGAGUUGACUCGGCUUUCAGGUUGGGUUGUUGCAAGCCCCCACAAGAUUGUAACUUCAGUUACAACAAUUCAGGAGUUUGGGUGAAGCCAGAGAACGCCACUUACUCCAACAUUGAUUGCGAUAGAUGGAAUGAUGAUCCAAACACCCUUUGCUUCAAUUGUGAAUCGUGCAAGGCUGGAUUUCUCCAAGACGUAACAAGUCACUGGUUUACAGUAGGGUGUACACUUGUUGGAAUUGUUGCAGUACCAUUGUUGAUUGUUAUUCUAGGUUCCAUAUGUUUCAUGUGUAGUAAUCGCUCAUCUGAUGGUUAUGCGCGUUUACUUUAGCUUGCAUGGCUUGGCCUGCAGCCUGAAUAGUUCUAAUGCAAACUGGUGGUAGUAAUUCAAUCUAUCAAUGGCAAUAUGGAACUUGUGCUUUUAGAUUUCUUGUUAUUUGGUCAUUCAUAUUCCAUAAAGUUUUUUUCAACCCUUCAAUAAAAUAAGAUUAUGUUUUGGACUGUGUCAUCUGGUUCACCACUAGUUUGCAUUGGAAUUCAAGGGCGGAUUAUAUAUAUAUAUGAGAAAUACUUCUUAUAUAAGAACGUAAAAUAGUGGAAUUGUAAUUCAUUUUAGUGAAAAUAUAUUCCUUGUUUGACAUAUUCGAUGUUAA